AUGAUCUUGGAAAAGGACCCCGAGCCCUGGAAUCAAAAUUACAAGGGCCAUGGAUUAUCAAAGGGAAAAGAGCGAGAGCAGAGAGCUUCAAUCCGAUUCAAGACCACUCUCAUGAAUACUCUCAUGGAUGUCCUUCGCCACAGGCCGGGCUGGGUAGAAGUAAAGGAGUGUCAGGAGGCAUCAGGACCCCGUGUGGCCGAUACCCCGGUUGUUCAAAGGGAACCCAAAGGAAGCCGGCAGCCUGGAUUUGUUGAAGGGGACUGGGAUUUCUACUGGUGUGACGUCAGCUGGCUCCGGGAGAACUUUGACCACACCUACAUGGACGAACAUGUGCGGAUCAGUCACUUCCGAAACCACUACGAGCUGACGCGCAAGAACUACAUGGUGAAGAACCUGAAGCGGUUCCGGAAGCAGCUGGAGCGCGAGGCAGGGAAGCUGGAGGCAGCCAAGUGCGACUUCUUCCCCAAAACCUUUGAGAUGCCAUGCGAGUACCACCUGUUCGUGGAAGAGUUCCGCAAAAACCCGGGGAUCACCUGGAUCAUGAAGCCUGUAGCCCGGUCGCAGGGAAAAGGCAUUUUCCUCUUCCGGAGGCUGAAGGACAUCAUGGACUGGAGGAAGGGCACCGCUGGGAAGAAGCUCACCAGCUCAGAGGCCCAGCCAGCCCGGAGCGCUGUCAAUCCACCCGGAGGCCAUGACGCAAGAAGUUCUGAUGACCAGAAGGAUGAAAUCCCCGUGGAGAACUACGUAGCUCAGCGCUAUAUCGAAAAUCCCUACCUGAUAGGAGGCCGCAAGUUUGACCUGCGCGUCUACGUGCUGGUGAUGUCGUACAUCCCGCUGCGGGCCUGGCUGUACCGGGACGGCUUCGCCCGAUUCUCCAACACCCGCUUCACACUGAGCAGCAUCGAUGACCAGUAUGUUCACCUCACCAAUGUCGCUGUGCAAAAGACCUCUCCUGACUACCAUCCAAAGAAGGGCUGCAAGUGGAUGAUCCAGCGCUUCCGCCAGUACCUGGCGUCCAAGCAUGGGCCGGAGGCGGUGGAGACACUCUUCAGCGACAUGGACAACAUCUUCAUCAGGAGCCUGCAGAGCGUGCAGAAGGUGAUUAUCAGCGACAAGCACUGCUUUGAGCUGUACGGCUAUGACAUCCUCAUAGACCAGGACCUCAAACCGUGGCUCCUGGAGGUCAACGCAUCCCCAUCGCUGACAGCCAGCAGCCAGGAGGACUAUGAGCUCAAGACCUGCCUUCUGGAAGAUACCCUGCAUGUCGUGGACAUGGAGGCCAGGCUCACAGGAAGGGAGAAGCGAGUGGGAGGCUUUGACCUCAUGUGGAAUGAUGGCCCUGUCAGCCGAGAAGAGGGGGCUCCUGACAUGUCAGGGAUGGGGAAUUUUGUGACCAACACACACCUUGGCUGUGUCAACGAUCGGAAAAAACAGUUGAGGCAACUGUUCCGCUCCCUUCAAAGCCAGAAGAAAGCCUCCAGUUAG